AUGGUGAGUGGCAUAGACAUUAAGCACAAACACCAAAAAAAGAAAAAUCGACGAGAUCCAGUCUCGGAUAACAUCUACUUGCGUUUAUUGGUGAAGCUUUAUAAGUUUCUUGUCCGACGUACUGAUGCAAAGUUCAAUAAGAUCAUCUUGAAAAGGCUUUGCAUGAGCAAGGUCAACAGGCCACCUCUGUCAAUUGCAAGACUGGUACGGAAGAUGAAGCCUUAUGGCUUUGAUGGUAAAAUUGCUGUGGUUGUUGGCACAGUCACUGAUGAUUUGAGGAUUUAUGAGAUCCCGAAAAUGACAGUUUGUGCGUUACAUGUAACAGAUGGGGCCCAAGCUAGGAUCUUGAAAGCAGGUGGUGAGAUCAUAACAUUUGAUCAAUUGGCUUUGAGAGCCCCAAAAGGACAGCAUACUGUUUUAUUGCAAGGUCCCAGAAAGGCCAGAAAAGCUGAGCGUUACUUUGGUCUUGCUCCUGGUGUGCCUCAUAGCCACACAAGAGCUCGUGUGCGCUCUAGAGGACGAAAGUUUGAGCGUGCUCGUGGUCGUCGCAACAGCCGUGGUUAUAGGGCAUAAUUUGUAUCAGUUUAUGGACAAAUGAGAAUAAAAACAACUCCAUAUCUAA